AUGCGUGAAGUCAUCUCCGUGCACGUUGGCCAGGCUGGUGUCCAGAUCGGAAAUGCCUGCUGGGAGUUGUACACCGUCGAACACGGUCUCAGCCCUGACGGCCGUCUGAUGGAAGGAUCGCCUUCUGCCAACGAUGGUGGCUUCAGCACUUUUUUCUCCGAGACUUCCUCAGGCAAACACGUGCCGCGUUCGUUGUACAUUGACCUCGAGCCCAAUGUCAUCGAUGAGGUCAGGAAUGGUCCCUACAGAAGUCUCUUCCAUCCCGAGACUCUUGUUACCGGAAAGGAAGAUGCUGCCAGCAACUACGCUCGCGGCCAUUACACCAUUGGCAAAGAGCAAAUUGACGUUGUGAUGGACAAGGUCCGCCGUCUUGCAGAUAACUGCUCGGGUCUUCAAGGAUUCUUUGUUUUCCACUCUUUCGGUGGUGGAACUGGUUCCGGAUUUGGUGCUCUUAUUCUGGAGCGUCUUUCCACUGACUAUGGCAAGAAGUCCAAGUUGGAAUUCAGCGUUUAUCCUGCUCCUACUCUUGCCAACUCCGUCGUUGAGCCCUAUAACUCGGUCCUUACCACUCACACCACCCUCGAGCACUCUGAUUGCUCUUUCAUGGUUGAUAAUGAAGCCAUCUAUGAUAUCUGCAAGAAGAAUCUUGGCAUUGUUUCUCCCAGCUUGACCAACUUGAACAGAUUGAUUGCUCAAGUUGUCUCAUCGAUCACUGCUUCGUUACGUUUUGAUGGAUCUUUGAACGUCGAUUUGAAUGAGUUCCAGACUAACUUGGUCCCCUUCCCUCGAAUUCACUUCCCCUUGGCCACUUUUGCCCCCAUCAUCUCAGCAGAGAAGGCUCAUCACGAGCAGAAUUCUGUUGCCGAUAUGACCUUCUCCUGCUUCGAGACUGGCAACCAGAUGGUGAAAUGCGACCCCAGGGAGGGCAAAUACAUGGCUUGCGCUCUUCUUUAUCGUGGUGAUGUCGUCCCCAAGGAUGUCAAUGCUGCUGUUGCGAUCAUCAAGACCAAGCGCACUAUCCAGUUCGUUGACUGGUGCCCUACUGGUUUCAAGCUCGGUAUCUGCAAUGAACCCCCUGCUCAUGUCCCCGGAGGUGACCUUGCUAAGGUCUCACGAAGCAUGUGCAUGUUGUCCAAUACCACCGCUAUCUCCAGCGCUUGGAGUCGCCUUGACCACAAGUUUGACCUUCUCUACUCCAAGCGUGCUUUCGUUCAUUGGUAUGUUGGUGAGGGCAUGGAGGAAGGCGAAUUCUCAGAGGCCCGUGAGGAUCUUGCUGCUCUCGAAAAAGACUAUGAGGAAGUUGGUAUUGACUCUGCCGAUGUGGAAGAGGCUGAAUAUUAA